CUCCCUCCAUCACGAGCUCUCCUCUUCCUCUCCUCUUCCUCUCCUCUCCCCUCCCCCCAAUCCCCAGCAAUCUCAAACCCAGCGAAAUCAAAUCCAUCGCCAAUGGCGGCUCCCCCUCGCGGCCCCCGGCGCCGGCCGCGACCCCAUACCCUCCCCGCCGCCGCCAUCCUCGUCCUAAGCCUCCUCCUCCUCUCACCACCAUCCUCCUCCUCCUCGGCGGCGGCGGGGCCGACGAGCCCGAUCAAGACGGUGGUGGUGGUGGUAAUGGAGAACCGCUCCUUCGACCACAUGCUGGGGUGGAUGAAAUCCCUGAACCCGGCCAUCGACGGCGUCACGGGGGCCGAAUGGAACCCGGCGAACGCCUCCGACCCGUCCUCCCCGCGGGUCUACUUCCGCGACGGCGCGCAGUACGUGGACCCGGACCCGGGCCACUCGUACCAGGAGAUCCGCCAGCAGGUGUUCGGCUCCGACGACGCCUCCGGCCCCGCCAAGAUGAACGGGUUCGUGCAGCAGGCCACCUCCAUCGGUGGCGGCAACAUGACCGACGCCGUCAUGCACGGCUACAAGCCCGACGCCGUCGCCGUCUACAAGGAGCUCGUGUCCCAGUUCGCCGUCUGCGACCGAUGGUUCGCGUCCGUCCCCUCGUCGACCCAGCCUAACCGCCUCUUCGUCCACUCCGGUACCUCCGGCGGCGCCACCAGCAACAACCCAGAGUUGCUUGCCGAGGGUUACCCGCAGAGGACGAUCUUCGACAACAUCUACGACGCUGGCCUCUCCUUCGGCGUCUACUUCCAGGACGUGCCGGCGGUGCUCUUCUACCGCAACCUCCGCAAGAUCAAGUACCUCCUCAAGUUCCACCCGUUCCACAACACGUUCCGCGACCACGCCCAGAGCGGCAACCUGCCAAACUACGCCGUCGUGGAGCAGCAUUACAUGGACUCCAAGAGCCACCCGGCCAACGACGACCACCCUUCCCACGACGUCUACCAGGGCCAGAUGUUCAUCAAGGAGAUCUACGAGACCCUGCGUGCCAGCCCCCAGUGGAACGAGACGCUCAUGGUCAUCACCUACGACGAGCAUGGCGGGUUCUUCGACCAUGUGCCGACUCCUGUCGAUAACGUGCCCAGCCCUGACGGCAUUGUUGGUCCUCCGCCUUAUAACUUCGAGUUCAACAGGUUGGGGGUGCGCGUCCCGACCAUCUUCAUCUCCCCGUGGAUCGAGAAGGGAACUGUUGUCCAUGGGCCAAAUGGAAGUCCAACCCCGAAUUCACAGUACGAGCACUCGUCCAUCCCUGCAACCGUGAAGAAACUUUUCAAUCUGCCGCAGGAUUUCCUGACUAGAAGGGAUGCAUGGGCUGGGACCUUCGAGAGUGUCGUGAAAACCAGAACUGAACCAAGGACAGAUUGCCCAGAGACACUUCCGAUGCCGACGAGGAUACGGCAGACGGACGCGAACGAGGAGGCGAAGCUGAGCUCGUUCCAGCAGGAGAUCGUGCAGCUGGCGGCGGUGCUCAACGGCGACCACCAGCUGACGAGCCUGCAGGAGAGGAUCAGGGACAGGAUGAACGUCAGGGAAGGCACCGCCUACAUGAGGCGCGCCGUGAGGCGCUUCUUCGAGGCCGGCUUGUCGGCCAAGAGGAUGGGCGUUGCCAACGACGAGCAGAUCGUCAAGAUGAGGCCCUCGCUCACCACCAGGACCUCCUCCGACAUCGAUCAGGAACACCCGUAGAAGAAAAAGAAGCAUAUAUUUAUAGAAAUUGAUGGUUGGAAAUUGCUACUGCUGCUACUACAUAUAGAAAGAUAUAGGCUAGCCAGUACGGCGUGCUCGCGCUAGAUUGGAUUGGAUUGGAAGUGCUGUUGCUAUUAGGAUGGAUGGAUUGGGGUAUACAUGAGCCGUGUAAAGAAACAUUCUUUGGUAUACAAGCAAGGCAACGCAUGCAUUGUGACGUA